AUGAGGGAUUCCACUGCAGCAGCAGUCGAAAGGUUUUUGACCAGCGAAGUGUUCCACACGGUUGGCGUACCGGAAAUACUGCAUUCCGAUAUUGGAAAACAAUUCGUGGGAAAGAAGUUUGCGGAUAUGAUACAGCUAGCCUACUUGGAUCAGGAUCACCGCGACUGGGACUUAUAUCUGCCCGAGAUAGAAACGGCUUUAAGAAGCUCGAUACACCAGGCCACCGGCUCUACACCGUAUUUUGCACUGUUUGGCCAGCAUAUUUUCACGAGUGGGGCUGAUUACCAGUUGGCAAGAAAGCUGCACUCGUUGGAGGACUGCCAAAUCCGGGAUCUAGAUCACGGAGAUAGGUUGGAACUGUUGCGCGAGUCGAUCCGCAGAAAUAUACAUAGAGCGCACGAGUCCAGCGCGCGAUACUAUAAUCGGACCACACGGCAGAUCACAUUCAAGCCAGGGCAAGAAAUCUUCCGAAGGAAUUUUGUGCAAAGUGACUUUGGAAAGAACUUUAAUGCGAAAUUCGCCAGAAAGUUUGUCAUGUGCAGGAUUCGCAGGCCCGUGGGUAAUCAUAUGUAUGAAGUGGAAGACAUGCGCGGAAAGCUCUGCGGGGUGUACCAUGUGAAGGAAUUAAAGCAGUAA